GAGAUGUAUUGAACAGGCUGAAUGCGCGUGCAGAGAUGCGCGAGUAUCCGCGAAUUCCCGGCAGCACGGGGCCGCAGUCCGCACAAUAAAGAAAAAAAUUGCCACGGAGUUAGGGGAACAGAGAGGCGGCGAGCGAGACGGAGAGAGAGACACCGUCCUAAUCCUCCUGGACGCCGAAGAGGCAGACUCGAUUAAUAGUCACGGUCGCGAGAGAAACGACGUCGUCCUCGUGCCGCGGUGCCUCGGGAUGAGACUGGUACUUUAAGCGGAGCUUCCGGAACGGAGGACCGUUCAAUGGACCACCGCGUCUGGUGAUUAUCUCUGGUGAAACGUUUCUCAAUUUGUGGCUCCGGUUUAUAAAUCGUUGCAUCGGCUCUGUCGCACACGCGUUGUCCUCUUAUAAACGCGACGCCGCGUCCCUUGACGGUGUUAACGGGUGAACCGUGUGUCCGUGUAACCGACCAGACAGACUCGACAGACGCUCGAUAAGAUGAGACCCGGUGGGUUCCUUCUCCUGCAUCUGCUGCUACUGUGCAUAUUUUUCCUCGCGUCCGAGGCGCGACUCGGUCAACAGGCUGUCGCCGACGACGACGACGACGACGACGACGAUGAUUCGAACGACGAGGAAGACGAGGACGACGAGGACUCCGACGACCAGACCUAUCAGACGCGGCCGGAGGUGGACGAUGACGGACGCAUAUACAAGAACCCACGGAAUUCCCCGUCGGUUGUAUGCCCCCGGGACGAGGAACAGGCGCAUUUGCUCGGCCAGAAGUGUCUGCGAAAGUGUUCCGCCGACGAGGAUUGCAAGAGCAAGAAGAAGAAGUGCAGAUGCGACGGUAUUUGCGGGAUGUCUUGCAUCAAGCCUGAGAGAGAAUGCCUGGCUCUCAGCGAGAUCGACCACGGCGUGUUGACAGUGACUGGAAGAUUUUUCGGCGAUCGAGCGCAUUACACCUGUGAUCCUGAUUACUUUACCGUCGGCCUCACCGACAGAACGUGCAGGGCCGACGGUCAAUGGACCGGCACGACGCCUUCCUGUAAGAAGGACCCCAGCUCCUUCUGUUCUCAGCCGCCAAAGGUGAAAAACGCGCGACACAACGCGCUCGUCGAACAGACGACCUUCGACUUGGGUAGCGACGUCCAGUACUUUUGCAACCACGGUUACAUGACUACCGGCAUCAGAAAGGCGAGGUGCCUACUGAUGGAAGGCGUUGUUAGCUGGUUCGGGCCUGACAUCACCUGCGAACCGCAGUCCUGUGGAGCUCCCGCGGAUAUCGCCAACGGCUGGCACGCCGGCGAGUGUUACACGUACAACUGCCGCGUGUCGCAUCACUGCGCGGAUGGCUACGAAUUAGUGGGCAAAGCGGAGAAGCUGUGCUUGUCUAACGGCACAUGGACCCCGAAAGAGUCGCCGCAGUGCGUGCAAGUUAAAACGGUGCAAUGCCCGCAACCGGAGAAUCCAGUGAACGGGAACGCAGUGUACACCUCGUAUGCAUACAAUUCCAUCGUGUCGUACGAAUGCAAGUACGGGUACACGGUGGUCGGCGCGACGACCAGACGUUGCGGGGCAGAUAGAAAAUGGACCGGAAAGACACCUACCUGCCAGGAGAUUAAUUGCGGUUCACCUGGUGUCCUGUACAACGGUUGGAUUGAGAAUAUCGAGUUGGAUACCGGCCUGGGAGCCAGCAUAAUCUUCCGCUGUAACGACCACAUGAAGCUCGAGGGAAAUACCUCGUCUGUCUGUCAGAUCGACGGAAAAUGGCGUUACCCGUUGCCCCAGUGUCUGGCUCCUUGCGUGGUGCCGCAGAUAGAGAACGGUAACAUCACGAUCGCCACUCACAAUAGGGAUCACAUCAACAACGUGACCGUGGUGGAGCACGGGGAGAGAUUGCUGGUGUUCUGCGAGGAGAAUUACGAAUUCGCGGCGAACAGCACACCGGUUGUUUGCAAUAACGGCACGUGGUCCAUAGUACCCAGUUGCUCACCGGCCAGGUGUAAGCAGAUGCCCAAGGCGCCGAAAAAUGGAAUAGUGAUAGCGCCGAAGACCGAUCACGGGAUGAAGGCGAUAUUCAUGUGUAAGGAUGGCUUUGAGCUGGUCGGCGGUGGGCCAUUGAACAACUCCAAGUCGAUGGAGUGUCAGUACGGCACUUGGAUCGGGGAUAUUCCGCACUGCAACCAAAUCUUCUGUCCUUUUCCCGGCUCCAUCGAAAACGGGAAGAUCUACCUGAUGGGGAACAUGGGUGUCUACGAUUACAGACCGUACGUGAAGAAGGUGGUGAAUAACAAGCAGAUCAUGUACGACUGCGAGAAGGGGUACGUGUUGGACGAUGGACCCACAGGGGCCACUUGCAUCGGGGGUAACUGGAGCCCCAAAGAGCUGCCGAAGUGCAUCCCUGGACGGCAUCCUAGGCUCAGAUGGAGCAGACGUCGAAGAUCCGUGAACGAGGAGAACUUGACUAUGAAUUACAGGAAAUUCAUCGAGUUCUUCCGCAAGAUCGGCAAGAAGCUGCUGCACCUAGAGAUGAACAAGGGCAAGGAGCACGCGAAACACAAGUUCGACGCAAAGAGCUCGAACUCGAGCCGUCACGACAACGGCACAGAGGCUCUGUCGUGGAAGAAGCACUCGGGUCACGGGAACAGGUCGCGUCUUCGCGAAGAGAAGAUGAUAGACUUUCUGAAAAUCGUCUAUCGGAAGCUGCAACGCAUCGACGCGAGACAGUCGAACAAUGCUACCAACGGCAGCAUGCACGACCUUCUGAAUGCCAUGAGCAAGAACUUCUUCCACGUGGACCUGUCGGAAUCCCGGCGGAACAAUUCCGGCAGAAGUCGGUCCGAGUUCGAGAUUCGGAACCAGAGGGAAUUCAUCAAACUGAAGCGAGAAUUCGAGCGGAUAAUGCGGUUCUACAACAAAUCGAUGCGCUGGAACGAGAAGCAGAACAGGAAGGACUCGAAGAAGAAGGGUCAGGCUCACGGUGGUGAGAAGGGGAAGAAGUCGAAGGAUAAGAAGAAACAUCGCAAAAAUUAUUACAAAGGAUUCUACGAGUUCGUGAACAGUUACGUGACCGAGAAGCUGUCUAUGCUGGAGGCUCGCAACGCUACCGAGGAGCUGAUCAAGAACAUGAAGAUCGACAAGUUCACCGUGCGAAAUGGCACCACGUUCACCGUGGGCGAGAUGUACGCGUUCUUCAAACAUAUCAUAGAGGCUAAACUGAACAGCACGGAGGACCCGACGCUGACGGAAGCGUCGACGACCGCGUCUUCCUCUUCCACGAGCUCGGUCGCGGCCGUGAGCAGCAAUGACAGCAACCAUGACAACAGCCAUGACAGCAGCACGGCGACGACGUCCAGCGCGUGGACGAGCAACGACACGACAACGACGCUGGCGACGCCGAGGGAGAUCGAGUCGCGCGAUAAUCGAUCUUCGACGAUGGCCAGUAACGAGUCCUCGGUGCUGGACAACGAGAUACCGGCCAAAGAAGGAGUGCCAAAGCACCGCAGCAAGCGAAUACGAAACGCGUCCGAGGACGGUGGUCCUCCGCGUCAGAAGAGGAGGCUGCUGUCCCUGAACGACAUGCGGAUGGCCAACAAGAAGAGCGCCAACAACGUCGUAUCGUCGUCGUGGAGAAGCGAGAAGCAGAGGGCCUCGAAGAGGUUCAGGGCCUACGACGACGAGAAGACCAGGCUGUUCACGUUCAAGGAGCUAGAGGCCCAGCAGCAGAGCCGUGCCAAACGAUUCCUGCCACCGUCUGAGCUGGAUAAUCAAAUCUUUUUAAAGAACUUGUAUCUUCACGCGUACGAGGACGAGUAUCGGGCUAACGUGAAACGCUCGAUCGUCCUGGAGAAUCAAACGAACGAUCAGCAGCCGGCCGUCUACAGGAGGCGCAAGGGCAACCUGGACGCGUACGAGAUCAAGUGAACGAACGCGGGAUUCAUUGUGUUGUGAUAUUAUUGACGGAAUUUACUGAGGUCAUUAAUACCGAUAUCAAUCGAUUUUAGGCGAGUAUACACCAUAUACGAUAGGAUUAUAAUCGUUGUCCCUCGUCGAUGCGCAUUGUAAGACGUGUAUCGCGCUUUUUUCAAUGAAUCAAUCUUUUUCCAUUUGCCAAGUCUCGGUGUAACCCGGUUUUACCAUGGGGUUCAGUCAUUAUUCCUCACUUAUUCGUCGCGGUGUGAGCUGAUAGGGGUGUUUAGGAGUUCGUCCCAGGUUCUUCCCCUCUUUCUUUCCUCCUCCGUUCUUCUUUUCGCUGUUUCUCCGUCUCCUGUGUCGUGAUCGUCGAUGAGAAUUCCACGAGUACUCGAUAAGCGAACGGUUGAUUCGUGUCCUUUGUCCACCGAACGCGGGAAUUAGCGCGCCAACCCCCCGAGCAGUUGAAACCCUGCCGAGACUGGAGGGUCGAAAUUUUGUCACAGGGUCUUUAAUCGAUGAUGUUCAAAGACUGAUCGACUUGGAAUUUUUAACCUAACAUGUUCUUAAGCUUCCUCGCUAUUCUUCUGCCUCUAUCGGGUAUGAAUCUUCGACGCCGAAGAUGAUGAAAAAGCUAGCCAAAUUUUCUUCCUUUCACUGAUCUGUGAUACGAGGCGGUAGUUGUUCUUUUGACGUGCCGGGUAUAGGUUUAAUUAGACGGGUAAAUUAGGAGCAAACGAGAAUCAAAAGCGUACGUUUCGACUGCAGGGGGUGAGAAGUAUUUUAGAUAAUAGCGGUCGCUGAACGUAGUGGUAAUCGUGAGCGUGUCUCCUUCCUUUUCACAGUAGCCAGCUCGCAUCGCGGAAGUAUUUUAAACUCUUCGAAAAUCGUAUUAGUAGAGGAUAUGUUAACGUAUUUUAAGUACGUCGUGAUGAGAACGCAUCAAUGAAAAAAGCCAAAAAAAAAUGAGAAAAAAGGUAGAAAAAAUGAAGAAAAAAUAGAAACGAAG